GAGGCUGCACAGACAUGUGGUGAAAUCCCAGCAAGUCACACGGCCAAACAGUAGGAAGGAUGCUCAUUUCUUGCACCCUUGCACUCUUUAUAUAGCAAUGACCAGCGAGUACAACGCCGCCCAGCGGCUUCUGCACAAGAUCAAGCAGAAUGUCAGCGAGUUUGAACUGGACACACGCACCGACUCCCAGGUCCUCCAGGCCGGUAUUGCCCAAGACCUGCAGACGCUUGGCAAGAAAAUUGCCGAAUACCGCAUUCUGGCCCGCCAAGACACCAACGAGCGCAAGCGCCGCAUGAUGAUUGACCGGGCAACUGCCAUGGCCGACGACCACGAGAACCUCAAACGACGCGUUGAGAAGAUAAAGCAGCACAAGCAGAACCAAACCACAUACUCUCACGAGCGCGCUGAGCUGUUCCAGCGACCAAACGCCUCACAGCCCAUGGAUACGGCGAUUACUAUGGAUGGCCCGCAAGGCGAGGAUGCGUUUUAUCAGCGUAGCGAGUUGGCACUAGACAACUACAUCGCUCAGGGUGUGGCGUCGCUGGGCAAUUUGCGUGAGCAGCGCGGGAUGCUGCAGGGCGCGCAUAAGAGGAUCCUGAACGCCGAUAGUACUCUAGGGCUGUCAAAGUCAGUUAUCACGUAUAUCAACCGGCGGACGACCCAGGAUAAGAUUAUUCUGGCAGCAGGUAUGCUGGCUACGUGUGUGGGCAUUUACUUUAUUGUGCAGUAUUUCGGUUGACCCUUUUUUCUAACAAGAUUGCCGCUUUCUGUAUGUGUACGCAAGUACACUGCAUGCAUUCAGUCAUACACGAUAUUGACAUGGUCUCUGAUGUUGCCAGCAGGAUAUGCGGCAAUAUAACAAGUAAAGCUGCGGGUUGAAGAACGUGAAUUGUAAAGUAGACUGCAAAAGGCUCUAGUGGAAAUGAAGGCGCAUUUACACGUUUUUUAGGGCGCACCAGUGUUGAUGUUGG